AUGGCCAGCCUAACAAACCCCGAUGAACCACAGGGUUCAAGCAAAUCCCCCGAUCUGGCAAACAAGCGGACGCGAAACAACUCCACGCCAUCUCAGUCGCCAUCCAAAAAGCCGAGAUCUAGUCCAAUCGACACCUGUGCGACCAAUGCAGACGCCGCGACCACCGUUACACAUUUUGGCAUUGAGCUCGAAUUUGUUCUGGCUUUCAAGGAGGAUCUAUUGAAAUCUAUCAUAGCAAAAUACCAUCUGGACGCGCACAUCAUUAAAACACUUGCAGACUACGAACAUCGCUCUCUUCUUGAACACGACAAUAUUGAUACCAAUCCUUCCUACAAUUGCCGAUGGAGGUACCCGUCAUGGGCACUACACGUCCCGGAGACAGACAUGGCGUGCACAUCGAGGCUCCAUAAGGGCAUGUUUUUCAACAAAGUAGAUAAGGGAAAGCAAUGGGUGCGACGAUAUGUUGCAGAACCACUUCUCGUUGCCCAAGACCGCCUUGACAGACAGGGACUCCAUUCCAACGUUGUGGGAUGGCUAGAACCUGACCCACAUAAUCGAGACUCGCACGAGGCCUCAAAGAUUCCUCUGACGGCACAAAAUUCCACUGACGAGAGAGUCGUGCUUCGAAAGAGUCUGAUCGACUACACAGAAUGGACCUUGACAAACGAUCAUACAGUUAUUGGAGCCCUUCGAAGUCAACUCCGCGAACAUUUGGUUGCUCAGGGAGUUACAGAGGAUGAUAUUUCGAAGUGGGAUAGUUAUGGAAUGGAAUUGAUAUCGCCAGUUUUUGACCUUGCGAGGAAAACGGAAGCUUUCUCUCAAGUUGGAACAUAUCUAGGAGCUCUAUUCUCCAAGGAGACUUCAACCCUCGAAUCUAUAUGGGCGAGCACACAUGUGCACGUCGGAUUCAACUUUUCAAACCCCGAAGAUAUGCCUUUAUUGUUACUUCAGCAUCUGGCAUAUAUCCUCGUCUUACACGAGGACCUCUUGUCGAAAUGCCACCCUCGAAGUCGCUGUGGCAUUCGACUUUUGGAGCCGACUUCCGAGAAGGUGGAAGUUGAAGACACGUACGACGAUGAAGAAUUUGACCCCGACGCCCCCUACGAACCACCGCCCGAGCCAUCCGAGGAAGAGCUAGAAGAGGACAACGAACGAGGAGUUCUCGCUUUCGAGGCCAAGUACACCGGAGCCGAUAAUGUCAGCUCCAACGCUCGGUACCUACGAAAACAACUACUCUGGCGAGGCAUACAAUACUCAACCGAAACGAUCAGAGACGCCAUUUUCCAACAGCGUGGCAAUAUCUUCGAUCUCGUGGACCUCCUACAACAACGCGAUGAACACGACAAUCCAUAUAGGGGAUAUAUGUACAAUUUUGCGAACCUGGUCAAUCUAGCACGCAAUAGAACGAGUUGGAAACAAAUUAAGCCGACAGUCGAAUUUCGGCAACAUGCAUGCACGUUGGACGCAGAUGUGUUGAACCGAUGGGUGACGCUCUUGGAAAGAAUUGUACGUGUGGCGGAAACGAAUGCACAAAGGACAAUGCUUUCCGAUCCCACCAAUCCAACAGAGGGGCCAAUGGAAAGUUCUUUUGCGGAGAUGCAAGGCAAUAAAUAUCCCUCAAACUCAACAGCAGGCACACAAUGGCCUUGUGAGAGCAUGAGCGACUUUUGCGUGGGGUUUUUGGGUAUGGACUCGGAGGAGGGCGAGUAUUGGCAACAGAGGUUUGAGAGAUACAAGGAUGACAGGCCGGAAGAAGGUGACGAUGAAUGA